AUGGCUGAUAAUGGUAAUGCCAAAGGGGGAUCUGGUGCCUAUACAAUUAAUCUUGAGAACUUCAGUAAGCGGCUGAAGGUAUUCUAUGACCAUUGGAAGGAGCACAAGUCUGAUCUUUGGAGUUCAUCUGAUGCUAUUGCAAUUGCUACCCCCCCUCCUUCUGAUGAUCUUCGUUAUUUGAAAUCAUCAGCCCUGGAUAUUUGGUUACUUGGAUAUGAAUUUCCAGAAACGAUAAUUGUCUUCAUGCACAAGCAAAUACAUGUUUUAUGCAGUCAGAAGAAAGCAAAUCUUAUCAGGACCCUCAAGAAGGCUGCAAAUGAGGCUGUUAGUGCUGACAUUGUGUUGCAUGUGAAAACCAAGAAUGGUGAUGGUGCUGACUUGAUGGAUGACAUAGUGCAGUCUGCUCGUAAUCAAUCGAAAUCAGACAAGCCAGUUGUUGGACACAUUGCCAAAGAGGUACCUGAGGGUAAGCUUCUUGAAACAUGGACAGAAAAGUUAUCUGGGUCAGGCGUACGACUUACAGAUGUAACAAACGGCUUCUCUGAGCUCUUUGCUGUGAAGGACACCAUAGAGAUCACGUGUGUGAAGAAGGCUGCUUACUUAACUUCAUCUGUUCUGAAAAAUUUUGUGGUUCCAAAGCUGGAGAAGGUUAUUGAUGAGGAGAAGAAAGUCUCACACUCAUCUUUGAUGGAUGACACAGAGAAGGCUAUUCUUGACCCCCUCAAGGUCAAGGUGAAGUUGAAGCCUGACAAUGUUGAUAUAUGCUAUCCUCCAGUCUUUCAAAGUGGGGGUAAGUUUGAUCUGAAGCCUGGUGCGUCUAGCAACGAUGAGUACUUGUAUUAUGAUUCAGCAAGUGUUAUCAUCUGUGCAAUUGGUUCCAAAUACAGUAGCUAUUGUUCAAAUGUUGCUCGGACAUAUCUUAUUGAUGCUACCCCUACGCAAAGUAAAGCAUAUGAGACCCUUUUGAAAGCUCAUGAAGCUGCUGUUCAAGAAGUGAAACCAGGCAAUCCGAUGAGUGCGGUUUAUCAAGCUGCAGUGGCAGUGAUUGAGAGGGAUGCCCCUGAACUACUUCCUAAUCUAACAAAGUCAGCUGGAACUGGAAUAGGCCUUGAAUUCCGAGAAUCUGGCUUAAAUCUGAAUGCCAAGAAUGAUCGUAAGAUAAAACAUGGAAUGGUUUUUAAUGUCUCCCUUGGUUUGCAUAACGUCCAGGCAGAAACCACCAGUGAGAAGACAAAGCAGUUUUCACUGUUGUUAGCUGAUACAGUUUUAGUUAAUGAAAGAGGACACGAGAUCUUAACAGCACCUUGCUCCAAGGCUGUCAAAGAUGUUGCUUAUUCGUUCAAUGAAGAUGAUGAAGACGUUGCUGAGGUGAAGACAGAGUCGAAGACCAUAGAUGCCGUGCCAACCAAGGCAACUCUCAGGUCGGACAACCAGGAAAUGUCGAAGGAAGAGCUCCGGAGACAGCACCAGGCUGAACUUGCUCGUCAAAAGAAUGAAGAGACUGCUAGAAGGCUUGCUGGGGGUGGUUCUGGAUCUGGUGAGGGACGUGGUCCUGCAAGGGCUUCAAAUGAGCUUGUUGCAUACAAGAAUGUUAAUGAUGUACCAUUUGUGAGAGAUUUGGUGAUCCAAGUAGAUCAGAAGAAUGAAGCUGUCCUCUUACCUAUUUAUGGCAGCAUGGUUCCUUUCCAUGUUUCUACUGUCAAGAGUGUGACCAGCCACCAGGACAACCGCACCUGCACUAUCCGCGUCUUCUUCAAUGUGCCUGGAAUGCCAUUCUCAAAUGAUAGCAAGCUAAAUUCUCAAGGCGCUAUCUAUCUGAAAGAAAUUACAUUCCGCUCAAAAGAUCCACGGCAUAGCAGUGAAGUUGUUCAGCAGAUCAAAACGUUGAGGAGGCAAGUUGCUUCAAGGGAGUCGGAGAGAGCUGAAAGGGCAACUCUUGUUACCCAGGAGAAACUUCAGAUAGGAAACAACAGAAUGAAGAUGAUGAGACUUAGUGAUGUGUGGAUACGACCUGCAUUUGGUGGUCGUGGGAGGAAGCUCACUGGAAAUCUUGAGGCUCAUUUCAAUGGUUUCAGAUAUUCUACUUCAAGGUCUGAUGAGCGCGUGGACAUCAUGUUUGGAAAUAUAAAGCAUGCCUUUUUCCAGCCUGCAGAGAAAGAAAUGAUUACUCUCCUUCAUUUCCAUCUGCACAACCAUAUCAUGGUUGGAAACAAAAAGACAAAGGAUGUCCAGUUCUAUGUUGAAGUGAUGGAUGUUGUUCAGACUCUUGGUGGCAGUAGAAGAUCGGCACUUGAUCCUGAUGAGAUUGAAGAAGAGCAGCGUGAGAGGGAUAGGAAGAACAGAAUAAACAUGGAUUUCCAGAACUUUGUGAACAAGGUUAAUGACCACUGGUCGCAACAACAGUUCAAGGGGCUUGACCUGGAGUUUGAUGUCCCCCUUAGGGAGCUUGGGUUCCAUGCAUCGCUCGACGCGAUAAAGGAGUGGCUGGACACAACUGACCUCAAGUACUACGAGAGCAGGCUGAAUCUGAACUGGCGUCCUAUCUUGAAAACUAUAAUUGAUGAUCCUCAGAAGUUCAUUGACGAUGGCGGCUGGGAGUUCCUGAACAUGGAGGCGAGUGACUCGGAGACUGAGGACACAGAGGAGUCAGACCAAGGCUAUGUGCCUUCCGAUGCUGAGCCUGAGUCCGAGUCAGAAGAUGAUGACUCCGACAGCGAGUCCUUGGUGGAAUCUGACGAUGAUGAUGAGGAGUCAGAUGAGGACUCAGAGGAGGAGAAGGGCAAGACCUGGGAGGAGCUGGAGCGCGAGGCAAGCAAUGCGGACCGUGAGCACGGUGCAGAGUCGGACAGCGAGGAAGAGAGGAGGCGCCGCAAGGCGAAGACCUUCAGCAAGUCGCGUGCACCGGAGCGCAGCAGCUUCAAGGGAGCGCCACCCUCCAAGAAGCCAAAGUUCAGGUGA